GCGUUUUCAUGUGCAUCUCACCAUCACUCUCGCUCUUGCAAUUAUUCCUCUUCUCGCAAUCCGCACUAAAAUUCUAGGGUUCCGAAAUGGACGCUGACGGAAAGAUCAAGAAGGGCGCCGGCGGAAGAAAGGGCGGCGGCCCAAAGAAGAAGCCGGUUUCAAGGUCCGUCAAAGCCGGUCUCCAAUUCCCCGUCGGAAGAAUUGGCCGUUAUUUGAAGAAAGGAAGGUACGCUCAGCGUGUCGGUACCGGUGCUCCCGUAUACUUGGCUGCAGUUCUCGAAUACCUAGCUGCCGAGGUGCUUGAGUUGGCUGGGAAUGCAGCACGUGACAACAAGAAGAACAGGAUUAUUCCAAGACACGUGCUUUUGGCAGUGAGGAACGAUGAGGAGUUGGGGAAAUUGCUUGCUGGAGUGACAAUUGCACAUGGUGGCGUGCUUCCAAACAUUAACCCUGUUUUGUUGCCUAAGAAGUCUGAGAGGGCUUCCAAGGAACCUAAAUCUCCAUCCAAGGCUACUAAAUCUCCUAAGAAGGCUUAAUUGACUUAUUAGUUUAUUGUUCUCUAUUUAGUGUGCACAAUGUAAAUCUGUGUUUAGGUUCUUUUUUCUAUCACCAUAAUUGUAGUUCUCAAAUCGUUGUUUAUUUUUUGCAUUUUCACUCAAUUAGUCGAAACAGCAAGUUCUCAGUAAGGGAUUAAUUUAAUUUUCUUAUAUUCGUAUAAUUGUAUCCUUUCUCAUUCUCUCUCUCAAUCGAGAUGUUGUGAAAUGUUACAUUGUUGAAUGCC